AAAUUGUUCAUCUUUUUUUUCUCUCAGGUUUUUAGAGUGAAACAUAAAUUAGAUGGAACAGAAUAUGCAAUCAAAAAAAUUCCAAUAAGAUCUGAAGGGAUCAAGUCAGUGAAAAAUUAUUUGUCAGAAGUUAAAACUUUUGCCAGUAUGAACCAUCCCAACAUUGUUCAAUACAAAGGUGCUUGGCUGCAAAUCGGUGCUCCAACCAUUAACAAAUCAUUGACAGAUAGGCACUCUAAAACCCAAAGUACUGCCUCUUACAACUCAACUCAAACUCGUAAAACAGAAUAUAUCUACCGUAGAGAUUCAUACUCCUUCACAGAAGAAGAUAAGGAAGAUCAAAGUGAUUUCCAAAUUGAUUUUGAGAAUAGCUUAACUGGAGCAUGUUGUAAUGCCCCAGCCACACUUACAAAACUAAGAAAAAAAAGUUUAUCAGAAGGAGAAUCGACAAAUUCUCCCUGCAAAUUGAAUUUGAAAGAAAUACAGAGGAUAAAGUUAAUAAAUAGAUCAAAAGUAAAAUGGGCUACACUUUACAUCCAAAUGGCUUUGUGUCAUUCGACUUUGAAGCAGUGGUUGGAGAAAAGAAAUUCUGUUAGUCAACCUGAAAAAGCAUUAGUCCCUGUAAAUGAGCAGGCUUUUAGGAGUACCAUUAAUAAUAUAUUAAAGCAGCUUCUUACAGGUGAGUGA